CUUUCCUAGUUUCAAUCAAUCUUCCACCACCUUCUUUUCUCCAUCUCUCAAUCUGGAUCGUUCAUUUUCUCAUCUCUCAUUUACUUUUCAACCUUCCAUUCAAUCUCUCCCUUAUCUAUCUCUUCCUCUCCAUUCCCUGACAAACCCUAUUAUUUUGGAUCUUUGCUUAUUAAUAUAUUUUCUUUAUUUAAUUUAAUUUAAUUUAAUUAAUAUUUAUUCUAAUUUUUAAGUUUGUUGUUAAGUGUCUCUAAACAUGUGGGGUUUUAUUCUUUGCCCUCUAAAAAAAUGGUAUUUUUUUAUUUCAUUCACCUUUUUUAAUGACCCAUCACCUUGAUUUUAGGGAUAGGUUGCAAAAGUUUAGUUUUUUCUUCUCUUAGUACUAAUUUGAUGCCAUGUAGCUAUGAUUUGUGUGGUUUCAUGAGAAGGGUAUGCUUAGUUUGAUUAAUUUGAGUGUGCAAAGUGUUUGAUUCAUACUACUUAGUAUAUAGUUAUUUUGUUUGAGAGAGAAAUUAAAAUGGGAUCUGGAAAUGAAGUUCAUUCUGUUGGAGAGUUUAAUUUAGAUGCUAAGUGGCUUGUAGAUCCUAAACUACUAUUUGUUGGCCCUAAAAUUGGGGAAGGUGCUCAUGCUAAAGUCUAUGAAGGAAAAUAUAAAAAUCAGAACGUUGCUGUUAAGAUUAUCAACAAGGGAGAAACCCCAGAAGAGAUUUCAAGGAGAGAGGCUCGGUUCGGCAGAGAGGUUGCUAUGUUAUCAAAAGUUCAACACAAAAAUUUGGUCAAGUUUAUUGGAGCCUGCAAAGAACCUGUGAUGGUUAUAGUAACUGAGCUUCUAUUAGGUGGAACGUUGCGCAAAUAUCUUUUGAGUAUGCGACCGAAGUGCUUGGAUAUGCGUGUGGCUGUUGGAUUUGCUCUUGAUAUUGCCCGAGCAAUGGAAUGCUUACACUCUCACGGGAUCAUUCACCGCGACCUUAAACCUGAUAACUUGAUCUUGACCGGAGAUCAUAGGACAGUUAAACUUGCUGAUUUCGGUCUAGCCAGAGAGGAAUCCUUAACAGAGAUGAUGACUGCCGAAACAGGAACAUAUCGUUGGAUGGCUCCCGAACUUUACAGCACUGUUACUCUAAGACAAGGUGAGAAGAAGCAUUACAACCAUAAAGUGGAUGCUUACAGCUUUGCAAUUGUGUUGUGGGAACUCAUCCAUAACAAGUUGCCCUUUGAAGGCAUGUCUAAUCUGCAGGCGGCGUAUGCUGCUGCUUUUAAGAAUACAAGGCCUAGUGCUGAAGACCUUCCAGAGGAUUUAGCUAUGAUUGUAACCUCAUGCUGGAAAGAGGAUCCAAACGAUCGGCCAAAUUUUAGUCAAAUAAUACAGAUGCUCCUUCGGUAUCUCUCAACCAUUUCGCCAACAGAACCAGUUGUUCCGAUGCGUAUAGCUUCAUCUGAGAAUAUCAUAUUGCCACCAGAAUCUCCUGGUACAAGUGCAUUAAUGUUUCGAAGAGAUGAUUCCGGAGAAACCACAAAAGGCAAUGUGGAAGAGAGGUCCAAAGGGUAUUUCUUCUGCUUCAACCAAUGUUAUUGAUGCCUCAAAAAAUCACAGAUAGGGUAAAAAGAAACUAAAUAAAACCACAUUCACCGAUUGUAACAAACCAGAAUCUCAAUAAGAAAAUGUUGAGGAACUUUAGUAGACAAUUACCGUAAGUAUUUCUGUCAGCGCUCUCUGAGCCCUGAUCUGACCUUGAUGAGCCAUCGAGAUUCAACUCAUCUUAAUUUUUAUUUAUAAAAAAGAACAAAAAGAUUAGUAGGCAAUUAGCAACUCAGAAGGCACCUUCAUUCUCAGCAAGAGUGACAAGUUCUUUUAACAUUGUGAUGUUGACUUUAUUUCUGACUUGAUGUAUAAGAAUAAGCUCAGAAUUUUGGGGUUAAGGUUUGCUGAGAUGUAAAUAUAUAGUCAUGUAAUGUAAAAUAAGGUUCAUCCAAAAGCCUUCACUCCUGUUUAUAUAUGUGUGCCAUGGAUAGUAAUAAAAGAGGGAAAUGUUAAUGUUGGCAUUAUGAAACUUUAUGUCAUUACCAAAUUGCA